AUGUCGAUCUCAAUCGCUUCAGGCCCGGUUCUUUUGAACAGAAUUCUCACAUUGAGGGAAUCAUCACCAUUUCUACUUGCCUUGGAUACCAUACUGCAAUCUUCACAAUGUCUGACUAGUGAAUUCAUCUAUAAGAUCCAGUCAACCGGAAGGCAGAUUCCAAUCGUUUACAUUUCCUUUGAAACCACAGAAAAGCCAGAGUAUGUCGAUACAUUUAUAGAGGCACUUGAUGUUCCAAUGGAAAUUUUACAGCUGCAGAUCUCUGCAGCUCUACAAGUCAAAUGCGAAAGAUUCAUCAUUGUGGAUUCGUUCAACUAUGUACACAAUGCCGAGCUCAAUCCAUUCUUGAGAUCUAUUCUUGAUCCACUAAACAUCAUCUACGGUACUUAUCAUCUCGACGUGCCCUCGUCACGAGAUGCAGGUCUCCCUAACAAGCCACCAGUUCUUUCAAUUCUAAAGUUCAUUGCAACCUCCGUAUUCGAACUUCGACCAUUCGCAGACAACUUGACUCAGAAUGAAUUGGGACAUAUGACUACUUAUUUGGACAUCCCUAUCGGCGAGUGCAACAGAAAGGUAUUCAAAUUAAUGCUCAUCUUUCGCCGAAAGUCUGGUCGUGCGAUGCAUUAUCAACUGUCCAUAAAUUCAGCCUCUCAUCAAUAUACACAGAUAGUAUCCAAUAGAGAGGGACCAAAGGGCCAGGACGAAAAAGAGCUACUCAAUGAUCUCACAACAUUCAAUUUGACCACCACUCGACGCCAGAAAAAAGUCAGAGAUCAGGUGGAGCUACCGUUCAUGGAGGCACAGAAAUUUUUGGGUUUCGUUGCUGGCUCUACGGUGUAUGAGUUUGAUAAGGAUGACGACUAUGAUGAUGAUGAUGAUGAUGAUGACGAAGAGCCAUAUGAGGAUCCAAUGUAG